UGAGUGAGAGCGAGAGCGUGACAUUCUAAUAAUUCUGUCUCAUUGCAGCAGAUCAGUUUAGAGAAUAGAGUACUCUGUACUUGCUGCUCUGUUUCCUCUAAUGUUUCUUUCUAUUAAAAAGCACACUGACCUUUUGCUGAGAGUCAGUACCCCUUUGCGAUAAUAGUAAUAAUUCAGAUUGCGCCGGGGGCUGUACGAGGAGCAAUUUCAGAUUUUUUAGUAAACGUCUCUUCUCGUCGUUGGUCAACCACCUUAGCUGAAUAUUAUUACUGACAUUAGUGACCUGGCUUCCAGCUACGCAGCCUAGGAGGCGAUGUUGGUCUCCAAGUGGACUGCAACACAAGUCGUAGAAUGGCUCAGAGGUCUUUCAUUCCCGAUCUCCCCGGCCUUAUGUUCAGCUGUCAUUGAAGCAGAUAUCAAUGGUGCUAGUCUUCUCAAGCUGGACCACUCGAAACUUAUCGAUCUAAAAGUGACGUCAUUGGGUCAUCGCGAUGUCAUUCUUUCUGGCAUAAAGCGGCUGUCCUGUGCGCUGUCUGACCACCACAGCGAACGCUGUAUCGCGCUGGCUAACGAUGUCAUCAUGUACAGCCAUCGCGUCCAGCGGUACCUCAGCUCAACGUACUCUAUCCCCGUGCCGCGAGAUCGACCGAGCCAGCCUGACUCCGCCACUUCUGCAUCUUCGCCGGGGCUGCAGACCGAGAGCAGUGACACCGGAAAAGUACGCUCCUCGUCAGAUUUAGAUCAGGAGUCGACUUGCACCCGUGUUAGUGAUCUCCUCUACACUUCCCGUCGUCUGGCUCUCUGGUUAGACAGAAACCCCACCCAGGAGUAUGCGGCAGAUUACAGUGACUUCAGAGAUUUACUUCUUCGAUACGCCCUUUUCAUUGCGUGUAAAUUUUCGGCGCUGGACUCGGAUUUUGAAGCUGUAAUGGAGAAGUGUUCAGUAAUGGGUGAAUUGGCCAGCUCAGUCAAGCGGUGUCUGGCAGCCACAUCGCUGGGUUACAUUCGUCCCGUCCAGGUCAAGGCCACCCUGAGUCCCGCAAAGGGCGACUGUAAAGAAUGGGGAUUCUCCGUCAAGUGCUGCUAUGGCCUAGCGCUAAUCAAUUGCAUCGUCAGUGAUACUCCGGCAGCAGAGUGUGACAACCUUAGAGCUAGGGAUGAGGUAGCAUCCGUCGAUGGAGUUGUAGUGACCGGCUGGGCGUUUGAGAAUAUCACUCAGAAGCUGCGCGACAUCGACAAGAGCAAGCCGCUGGAACUUGUGGUCUUGCGAGGCAAUGUACAGGCGCCGUCAGCGGAGGAAUCCUCGUCACAGCAGCAGGCCAGCAGCCUGUUCAAGCUCGUUCCCGAGAGCCUGAGUGUCGGUGGCCCGUCCGCCGCGAGCGGCCGAGGUGGAGAUCAACCGGUCGCAAACACACCCGUUACUAGCGCCGCACCCUCCAGCUCUGCUUUGCCGACGGACGGUAUUGUCAAUGGUGAUGGUGGUGACGGUGUGGCGCAGACUUCGGCACAGCGGACUCCACUGGAACUGGAGCGCAGUGACAGCAAGGCGCAGAUGUGCGAUGACGAGGGAUCCAGUCCCGAAGUGAGCGGCGAUGAGCAGGACGAUGAAGAUAGCGGUCGGGAGCGGCACAAGCACACCGACGUCAAGACUAACCGGAUACUCAACGAUAGCAGCCACUGCGUCAAACCCUGCAGUAGCGAUGGUGCUGUGGCGCGCCAGCCUCGACACUCGAAACUGCAAGGUCGCAAGAGUGAAAGCAGCGCGGUGAGCUCUUGCAGUGCGGACGGCAUGAAAGCUGUCAACGGCAAUGGUGAUGGCAUGCGAGGCACUCAGAGUUGUCACAGCACGCCGAUCGACUCGACGGAACCAAAAGCGCUGGAGUUUGGUUACCGGACGCAAAUUGUUGGCGGGGUUGUAAUGAGAAUACCAGUAACCCAGAAUGAAGAACCAUCAAAACAGAAGGCUGCCAAGAAAAACAAAUGGGCAGUGCUGAGUGCCAAGAUCCGUUCGAAACGAGUGGUGGAAUCUAGCUUGUCAAUGCAAGGAAUCGGAAGAGCUGAUCUUGAAAAGAAGGACUCGAAUCCACGCUCGGCCACUAGCAGUUCUGAGUAUGCGUUGGACUCGCCGGUUACCGUCAAAUCUAGACGAAGCUUUAGCUCAUCGGCAGACCCAUCGGCUCCCAAAGAUGCAUGCGAAAGCGAGUCGGACGUCCUUGGGACUUGCGAGGGGUUUAAAACAGAUCGCGCAGCCCAAAGAGACAGCCUGAAAAAGAAACGCUCUUCACACGCCAUGAUUGCUUCUGGCCUGUCACGUAUGCUGGACAAGGAGACCACAGUCGGAGACUGCGAUGUACCAGCACCCAGCCUCACUGAUCCGGAAUGUAAAGGAUGGAUGACCAAACAGGGCAAUGUCAAGAAGAAUUGGAAGCGGCGGUGGUUCAUCCUGAAAAACCUCUGUCUCUACUAUUAUCGUACUCCUACGGAUCAGCAAGCACUCAAUGUCAUACCACUGCCCAGCUACAUGAUUGAACUGGCGCCGGACAUCAAGAAGAGUUUUGCGCUACGCCUGCACCACAGCAACGCCAGGACGUUCCUGUUCUACUGCGAUACGUUUGAGGAGAUGAUCAUGUGGAUGGAUGCACUGCGCGUGGCCUGCGGGGGACAAUUGAAAACUGUGGAACAGUCUGGAUCUGAACUUUCAAUUAAAGAAUCACUGCUCACGGAAUCCUCCAAACUCUAACCUGACUACGGCAGCGAUGCACACAUCUCCCUCUACAUUCAGUUCGCUCUCCGACGUGUUGGUUUCAUCCUCCAACAUCACCAGCAGACGUGACUGUGUGACUGUUUCGUCAUGCCAUGCCACACUAAUGCUUGCAGUCCGCGCUGUGGACAAUGUGUGAACGAUGCACACUACACCGUGUGACAUUCACCCGUGUAGGCAUAUACUCUUCCAGUCGCCAUCCUGAUGAACUUCUCAAGAUAACUUCUAGGGCACACGCCUACUAGCACCCGUAUGUCGUCGUUGAGGACUGUGUACUUGUGCGACAGGGCAACCCUGUCACUGUCUUUAUCAUCAUGUUAACAUUGUGUGCUCACCAUUGUGUGAAGCAUCUUUUCAGCUGUGCCUUGUGUGUGGGUGUGUGUGUGUGUAACUGUGUGUGUGGGUGUGUGUGUGUGUGUGUGUUUCGUAUGUUACGACCCGCCAGUAGUGUUUGUGUGCUUGUGUUUCUAGCAUCUUUCUUUCGUCCCUGCCAUUCGCCUUGAGCAGCCAUGCCCAGUCUUGAGCGGUGCAGCAGAUGUUCUAGUUGAAUCGUCACUAUCUUGGACUUUAUGUUGACUUGACUUGAGAUGACAUGUCUGUUGGUUGCAGUACCUCGCUUGCUGUGUUAUUGUGUAUAGUUCUUGCCUCUGUGACUAUCCAACAUGCUCUAACUAAUACAGAGACUGUACUGAAACCUGUCUUUGGACACCUUCAUGUGCCAAGCAAGUGCUGCUACAACCAGCGAAUGAAUAUGAACAACUGCAUCAGUCCUACCACGCGUCUGAGUUACAGAAUGCUGCCACCACCCUAUCCUAUCAUUUAUCUUAUUUAUUUGCCCACACGAUCUUUUUUUGGUCAAUUCAUAUGCACGCCAAAUGCCACGAUAUCUUGUGCUUCUGUAUGUGUGUGGGGGGGGGGGGGAGGUGAUGUGUGUGCACUCGCUCACGCCCUCCACUGUACUGCCACUGGGUUCUCUUCUUACUACGGAUACUGCGCUGGGCUAGUAGCUUGUCUGCACUCUUUUUUUGUGAUACUACAGCUGUUUCCCUAUCUUGCUGUGAUGAGCACCGUCUUUGCGCUGCAUUGAGUGUGAGCGUGUUUGACUUAGGGCACAUUUCUCCUAUUGUUUCUUAGAUCAAAAAAUAUUGCUCACCAGACAAUCCUAUAAACUCACUAGACAUUCUGUUUCGCUGCAAUCCUCUUUGUGAUCUCUUCUGGUGUCAAGUGUGUAUUGUAUUGAACUUCAA